CUCUGUGUCUAAAUAUACCAUCAUGUCAAUACCAGAGGAUGUCCAAAGCUCCCUGAAAUUGCCACCUUUGACCAUAUAUCAGAAGGGGAAAACCUUUCACGAAACUGAAGAUAUCCAUAGCACCUUUGAGAGACUCGCUACACUUCACAGGCUCCUCCCUGACCCUCUGAGGGAAUUGCUGUGCUCCUUCAUUUGUGAAGAGGACGUUCGAGAAAAUUAUGAAUUCCCCAAACUUGAAAAGAUUUUAAAAGUUAAGAAGCUGCCAAGUGAGAUUUACACAGCAGCAGCACCAAAUCAUGUGACCCCCUGGAGAAGAAACAUUUCCAACACAAUGUUUGAAAGAAGUAGAGAACUCAGCUUUCCGAAGAAGCAAUUUAAGGGGAUUUUAAUGUCAGCUGUAAUCGUAAGAGUGUAAGUUCCUUGAGGGCAGAGCUAGUUUCGUCUUUGCAUCCGUACCACC